AUGAUUAAGAAGAAGCGGUAUAGCAAAGAUCAAGCAGUAAAUAUCUUUGCUACACAAGUGAUUGAAAAUGCGAAGGAAGAUCUUGAUUACAUGACACCUCCUGAGGAAGAGCGAGAUGAGAUUUUACAAGAGAUUCACAUGUUUGGGCAUUAUGGCGCACAGGCGAUUGUGAGAGAAGUGCACUCGCAAGGGUUGCAUUGGGCUAAUGUGUAUGAAGAUGCUAAGAGGUUGGUCAGUAGCUGUCCAGAAUGUCAGAAGCACAAUAUUGCAAAGAGAGGGUGGCAUCCGCUCAAGAAUGUAGUUUCGCUUCAGCCGAUGUCGCAUGUGUCAGUGGAUUUGGGUGGCCCAAUGACGAUGACCUUUGAUGGAUAUGUGUAUAUAAUGGUUGUCACAGAUCUGUGUACCAAGUAUGUGAUUGUGCGCCCAUUAAAGUCGAAGGAAGCAACGAGCAUUGCUAGAGAAUUGAUUAAGGUGUUUGGAGAUUACUCAUUUCCUAUUAUUAUGCAGAGCGAUCAUGGUGGGGAAUUCGAGAAUCACUUGCUUCAGGCAAUCAGUGAGAACCUAGGUUUGCAGCGCAACUAUUCUACCCCAUACGCAGCCAGAGGUAAUGGGAGUGCGGAGGCGAGUGUGAAAAUUGUGAUGAAUACGCUGAGAAAAAUGUGUAACUCUAAUGCGCGAGAAUGGAGCGAUUACCUUCCAAUUGUGCAGCUUUGUUGUAAUCGUUACAUCAAGAGUAAGUCGAUGACUUCGCCGUUCUCGCUGAUGUUUGCCAGGCGAGUUACACUGCCAGAGGAUUAUGCCAACAAAGACAAAUACCCGAUCCCCAAGGAUAUCACGUCAGUAAAAGAGCUUGAAGAGCGUAUUGACUACAUGCACAAGGUGGUAUUUCCAGCGAUCAAUGAACGAGAGGCCAAGAUGAAUGCGAUUAUGCAGAAGAGGUUUAAUGACAAGCAUAUGCUCGUGGACAUUCCAGUUGGUGCUCAUGUGAUGGUAAAGAUACGUCAACGACCAAGCAAGUUGAGUCCCAUUUAUGAUGGUCCAUAUACGGUCAUUCGUAGAAAUCAAGGCGGGUCAUACGAGUUGAAGGAUGAAAUGAAUGAGAUUCUUCAUCGCAACUAUGUACCAUCCGAGCUAAAGGUGGUGAACAUAGAUGAAAAGGCCAUUGAUGAUGAGUAUUUCGAAAUUGAGGCGAUUCGAGAUCAUAGGGGCAAAGCAGCGAAUCGUGAGUAUCUCAUCAAAUGGAAGGGCUAUGGGGAACGCAUGUGUUCGUGGAUAACUGCAGAAGAUGUAUCGGAUCCCCAUAUUUUGCAAAGAUAUUGGCAAAAGCAUGUGCAGCUGCAGAAGCAAGAAGAAGGGCGCAUCCGAGAGCGAGUGGCUCAAAUGCCGAGGAAGCAACAGAGGAAACGUGCUGCCAUUGGGAAAGCAGAUCAGGCGGGGGCUCCUCAAUCCCCAGCGAAGCGGCGUCGGGCCACUUAUGUUAGGAAGAAGACAGGAUAA